AUGGAGCUAGAGCUCAUAGAGAUGCCGGAGAGAGAUGAAGGUGCAAUAUUGCAGCAUAUUGAAGAGAUUACAACUCAUGCUGAUCAAGUUCAACGAAGGGUUCUUACUGAAAUUCUCUCCCGCAACGCCCAUGUUGAGUACCUACAACAACAAGGGCUUGAUGGGUGUAUGGAUAGGAUGGCAUUCAAGAACAUAGUUCCCGUUGUUUCUUAUGAGAAUUUAAAGCCAUAUAUUGAUCGAAUUGCUAACGGCGAUGCUUCUCCAAUUCUAUGUUCCGAACCCGUAUCGGAAUUCUUAACCAGUUCGGGAACAUCGGGAGGGGAGCGGAAAUUAAUGCCGACAACCGAAGAAGAGCUGAAGAGAAGAUCAUUUCUUUACUCCCUUUUGAUGCCUGUAAUGAACCAAUUCAUUCCAGGCUUGAACAGAGGGAAAGGAAUGUACUUUUUGUUCGUAAAAUCCGAAUCCACAACUCCUGGAGGACUACCAGCUCGACCAGUUCUCACUAGCUACUACAAAAGCUCACACUUUAAGGACCGCCCAUAUGAUCUCUACACUGAUUACACCAGCCCUAACCAAACAAUUCUUUGCACAGACUCAUAUCAAAGCAUGUACUCUCAAUUCCUUUGUGGGUUAUGUCUGAGCCAGCAAGUCCUUAGAGUUGGUUCAGUUUUCGCAUCUGGGUUCAUUCGGGCCAUCAAAUUCCUUGAAACCCAUUGGGUCCUUUUGGCUAAUGAUAUCAGAACAGGAACCAUAAACCCUAGAAUCAGCGACCCAUUAGUGAGACAAUCAGUCAUGAACAUUCUGAAACCUGACCCUGUGCUGGCUGAUUUGAUUGAAUUUGAGUGCAGCAAAGGGACGUGGGCAGGUAUCAUACCUAGGCUGUGGCCAAAUACAAAGUAUAUUGAUGUUAUUGUGACAGGUACUAUGUCACAGUAUAUCCCAACUUUGGAUUACUAUAGCAAUGGCCUCCCUCUUGUUUGCACUAUGUAUGCUUCUUCUGAGUGCUACUUUGGGGUUAAUCUAAACCCUUUGUGUAACCCAAAUGAGGUCUCUUACACGCUCAUUCCCACCAUGGCAUAUUUUGAAUUCUUACCUCUUGAUAGGGAGAUGAGUGAAGAAUUGGUUGAUCUUGUGGACGUUGAACUGGGAAAAGAAUAUGAGCUCGUUAUCACUACUUAUUCAGGGCUUUAUCGAUACCGAGUUGGUGACAUUCUUCGAGUAUCAGGAUUUAAGAACAAGGCCCCUCAAUUCAACUUUGUAUGUCGGAAAAAUGUGAUUCUCAGCAUCGAUUCCGACAAAGUAGACGAAGUUGAGCUUCAAAACGCAGUCAUGGAAGCUUCUAAGAACUUAGUCCCAUAUGAAACUAGCCUCCUCGAGUACACGAGCUACGCCGAUACUCAUACAGUUCCAGGACAUUAUGUCAUAUAUUGGGAAAUUAGCCAAAAGGAAACCAAUGCCAUUCCCGAUUUGGUAUUUGAAAAUUGUUGCCUAACCAUCGAGGAAUCACUCAACAGCGUGUAUCGUCAAGGACGAGUUUCGGAUAAAUCAAUUGGUCCUUUGGAGCUAAAGAUUAUCGAGAAUGGGACGUUUGACAAACUCAUGGAUUAUGCCAUCAAUCAUGGAUCUUCGAUAAACCAAUACAAAACCCCUCGUUGCGUGAAACACGAACCAAUUCUCGAGCUUUUGAACUCAUACGUUGUGUCCAAUUAUUUCAGCCCGAGAUGUCCCAAAUGGGUCCCUGGUCAAAAAGAAUGGUCCUCGAAGAAGCGUAGUUAA